UCUGCCCGUCUGAAAAAAAGCUCUGUCCCUUUAAGGAACAGGCGAGGAAGGUAGUUGCUAUAGUAACCAGUGGAUACAUUGCGGCCUCCUCUAGAAGAAAAGAAAAAGCAAACUCCAGACCUUUGGAAAACACACAUAAAGUCACCAGCUUGACAAGCUCCUCAAAAUGCAAACUCAGAAGUCAGAAGUGACUGAAGAGGCAGCAAUGCCAAAAAUCCCAGUUGCCAGCAAGGGGGCAGUGGAAUUCCUCUCCCUCAUUGGGGAAGAAGAUGUCAAGCCUUGCCUUUUUGAAGAAUCGCUGGUUGCCAUCUCAGAGAGUGGACAGACGAUUGGAACUCUUUCCAUCUCAGUGAAAAUGGCCUACUAUUCAAUCAACGAAUGGCAGGAUGAAGACUGUUACCUAGUGUGUGCAACCAGCAAGGUGACUAUUGAUGGCGUACCUUGCACUACCACUAUUACAGGACAUGUAACAAAGAGACUGGAAACUGUUGAGCAGCAUACAAAGGAAAGUGUGCGGUUUAGAGAGCAUCCAGUGGAAACUAGGAUCCAUGUGAUGAAGCGCCAAGAUCAACUUUUUGUGAGGAAAGCCAUAGUGGAAAAAAAUGAAGAGAUCCAUGUAGACACUUUCUCUUAUAAGUGCUCACAACUCCAAGGCUUCAUCUCAGAGUCUGCCAACUUCCUGGUGCUGCGGGUGAUGGCUCGAAGGCAGCUUGUGCCACAGGAUGCUAUCUUUCUCACAUUUGACACUGAGCAGCACAUCUGUACCUCCACCUAUGAUACUCUGGGUUUACAGAAGCAGCAAGUGGGCAAAGAGGAAGUGGACGUGUUUGUGAUUGAGAGAGCUGUGCACCCUGUGGAUGAGAUUCCCCUGAACUGUCAAUUCUAUUUCCUAUCAGAUGGGCAUUUAUCUCGAAGCAUCCAGAUUGGAUCCCCAGCCAUCAUGGUGAUCCUGCAGACGCCUGUUCUGAUUGAAUUAGAUGUGCCAGAUCCUCGUCCGGUGUUUGGAAAAAUACUUCUAGACUGGGAAGAAGAUCCACAGCUAUAUUCCUUGUUCUUAGACAGAAAAGAAGAGCUUGAAGCCAGCCAUGCUACCUAUGUGCGGCGGCAUCCCGAGCUUCCUGCCUUACUGGCAGACUUUCUGCAGCUGCUUCUCCUUCGCAAGCCUGAUGAUGUAGUCACCUUUGCUGCUGAAUUCUUUGGCCCCUUUUCAGCCCAAAACCCACCAUGCAGGUCAUUUCAAUCAUCUGACAAGCCCAGCCCCUUCCGCAGUCGUGUCUAAAUUAUUCCAGUGGAAUAAUAAAAAUUCAUGGAUUGGAAAUGAAUGUCUCUGAAACUGUAGGGGAAUCAACUGUGGAUGUUAUUGGGCGACUCCUUGCCCAGGUGAAUGGUAACUCUUGCAUCAUGGGUGGCGAGAUUUAGUUUUGUUGAUACUGGAUUCAUCAAGAUGAUGCAUAUGUGUCAGAAGAUUGCAUUGUGGAUAUAUUGCUGAAAUUCUUGGGAUUUUUAAAAUAAAAUAUCCAAAAACA